GCAUGAAAAUAUUAUCUUUAAGGUUGUUAUCAUGUUAUUUGUUCAUCAAUUCUCAAUAAUUUUAAGCGAUGUUCAUCAUUAAUCUGCUAGACAUUAAAGAAACAAAUAAAGAGAGAAUUCCUUCUCUUCACGUUGGUUUUAUGGAGAUUGCGUCGAAGAGUAUUUCGAAGGAACUCAAUGGUCGCCCUAACUUCCACUUUCCUCUACUCGGAUCGGCGGUCGAUGAAUUUCAAUGUCCAUUUUCUCUGGGUGAUCUGUGGGUUUGUUUGAAAGGCUAUUUUGAUGAAAUUUUGGAAGCACAAGUAAAUUUGGGCAUGGAUAGAAGGCGAAUUAAUUUGGUUGGUGUUGCUGCUGCUCGUUGCUGUUGUUAUGCUCGUUGCUGUUGUGAUCAAUGUCCUAAAUUUUCCAAUUUGUGUUCCAUUAUUCACUAAAUUUUGUAAUCAUUAUUAAUAUGAACUUUACAUUUGGAUGGGUUUAUAAGCAGUUUUUAAGUUACAAAAUUGGAUUUGGUGCAUGUAUUAUAGGAUAAUAACCAAUAUUUAGAUUUGAUUUAUGUUAUAA